AGGCACUGGCUCAUCCCUUUAAAUUUGUCCGGAUAAGCAAUCUUCUUUUCUUUAUUAUGUAUAACAGGAUUUGAUUAUUCACGGUCAUGGAGACUCAUGGCAUAUCUGUGGAAGGUCAUCUGGUUGCUCUGAGUCACACAUUUAAGAUUUGCAGCGAUGUUUUAUUCUUGAUGGAGAUUCUAUCUGCCGAGGAAGUUAAACAUAUAUUAGUGAGAAGAAAGAGUCAAUUAACUUGGCACCAGCAGCUUGACAUUACAUCAAAAUACAUGGUAACACAUCUGAAACCUGAUGUCCUCUACAAAGGGAAGCACAACAUACCAAUCUUCCAUGCAACUCGGAAAUCAGAACUCAUUUUUAUUGAAACUGAUGAAGUCCCCAAGCUCCGUAACAUGUGUAAUGACCAGAGCCUUAUAUCCUACAAGGGGACUGUGACUUCAGUACUCGAUGAAGACAUUGGCAUAUACCAGCUUGAUGGCCGCACCCAGCUGGUUAUAUCGUAUAUACAUGACAUCACAGGAGAAAUAUGGAAUAUGUCCGAAGACUCAAAAGACCAAGAAUUGUUUAGCAACAGAUCAUCAGAGAAAGAAAAGUACAAAUUCUUAAAGGCUGGAGAUAAGAUUAUGAUUUUCCAUGCCCACUUUGCAAAGUUUGAUGGUACUCCAUCUUUGACCUGUUGUGGCAGGAGUUUAGUACUGAAGGAAAGGCAGUCACUCGUUAGUCCAGUAGGGAACAGAAGCCCUAACGCAACCUUAGAUAUGCUACACUACUAUAACUUUGGCAUUCAUGGCUUAAAGUGGUUGGCUGAAGUAAGAGACCAUCUAGUAUCUGUACUUUGUCCUGGUAUUGUGGAGAGGAAGCAUAUCUUGAGAAGAAAACAUAAUGGGGAACGAAGUAUCCUGACUCAACUUCUACGACUGGCUGCGGAUCGUCAGCUGAUAUCUGCAAAUCCUCGUUCACUUACAUUAGAGUUUUUAUCUCUCACACAUCAGUGUGUUUUGGACAAGGACUUUGAGGCCCCAUUUACCCUCUUGAGUGUGUUGGAAUUAGAGUCUUCUGCCAACAUGAAUGAAUGUGAUAAUGAAGAGAAGCAAAAAGUUUGGUCUUAUAACAUUGAUCAUCAUGAACCUUCAAGAGCUGUUAUUGGUAUGCUGCAGCUUGGCCAAAAUGGGGUCCUACAACUGAGAGAUCAGCAUGCUGACAUAGAUCUUGUGGUUGUUGGGAACAAGGAAGAUUUGUUAGAAAAGGUUGGGGCAAUAGUUGUGUUGUUCAAUGGCCAGUAUGUGCAGGAGACCUUUAAUAUCAUUGCAGAAGGGAGUGAAGAUAAUUACAUAAAGAAAUACAUGGUUGUUAGAAAUGCUGACAUGUUGGUCCUCAGACUUUGUAACAGGGCAGAGAAAAUGGAAGAAAUGGAGACCAAUAUGGACCCUUUUUAUGACAUAAAGAUACUUUCAAAGUCAAAUAUGAUUUGUAACCAACACCAAGGAAGAAAACUUUACAAAGAAAACUUUCACAUGGACAUGUUCUUCAUGGCCCAGGUUGUGAUCCAGAAGCUGAAUCAGAAAGAUUCCCAGGAAGAGAGAUGGAAAACAUUUGUGAAAUUUCACGGGGACAAUGCAUUAUACCAUCCAUGUCUUGAAGAUGGCAUUUGUUACAAGGUUAGAAUACCAUCAGCCACUGUCUGUGACAUGAAGAUGCGGAAACAGUACUCAAAUGCAUGGUUGCAGCCUCUUCAAGCAUAUUUUGGAACAUGUGAAUGUAUUUAUCUCCCGGAGGAUUCUUACAUUGAAGGAGCUGUACCAGGAACAAAGCAUUUGAAUGAAACUAGUGUCUGCCAGGUACUAGACUCUUCAUAUGGAGAAUGUGGACCAAUAUCUGUCAAGGCAGUUAUCAAGCAAAGACAGCACAUGACUCCAAAAUUCCCCUCUGAGUUUAAGUUAAGCAGUGCAACUUCGUCAAGUAGAUAUCAUGUAGGUGUUCCUGGAAACAAGGUAAUAAGGGUCUUGUUAUGUGACUGUGAAAAUCCAGAUGAGGAAAUAUGGCUUUACCUUGGGAGUACCUCUAAUUAUCAUAUCCCACAGUAUUCACUUGGUAUAAUACCAGGGGUAACCAUCAUUGCAUCUUGUGUUCUUAGAAAUGUUUCCAAGCAAAACAAGAAGAUUUAUCUCCAAAGUACUGUGUUCACAUGUCUAACACCAAUAUCUAAGGCUGCACCAGACCUGUCCUCAUUUCUGCCUUCCAUUCACAACCCAAGACGCCGCUACUUGAAGGAUAUUUUAGGACAGCCGGCUUCAUCAUUUCAGACUUUUGCAACCAUAGGGCGCGUAUGCAAAGUCUCCUUCUGCUGUGUCUGCAAUUUCUGCAAUGCUGAAAUGGUUGGUUCAUCAUGCACAUAUGUUGGCUGCCAUGCCCAAGGCUCAGGGAAGGUGGUGGCUAGUGCUCAGGUGGUUAUUGAUGAUGGCACAGGAACUGCCAUGGUGUUCAUAAGUUCUGUUGAACAUGUAAAAGUUCUCCUGCAAUUAACACCUCAUCAGUAUUCCUUACUGUCCCAAGAGAUAGUGUCCAGCUCCCACAGCCUGAGCUACACAUCCAGAUUCAAGGACACUGAUGCUGAUGGUAUGUUGCAUCCUUCUGAGUCUGGCCUUACAAAAGCCAUGGGGACAAUAUGUUCUUCCAGUCAGUUGCUAAGGCCAGUGAAUAUGGUAUGUAGGAUAUUUAAGCAGCAGAUGCAGAAGGAUGGGCAAGAUGAAGACCGAAUCCAUUUAUAUUGUGUGGCCAUUUCUGAGAUCAAACCAAACAUAGAUUGUGAGGAACUUUUAAAGGAUGUUAUGUAGUUUCAUUGGACUGCAUUAUGUGUAGAUGAAGCUGUCAUAACAAUUUAUUCAUCACUAUUUUUAUUGAUACCAUCAUCACAUUAUUUUCAUUCAUAAUUCUUUGCUUUUUAGAAGAGUUAUGUAUUUUAUGCAUUAUUAUUUAAAAUUUCUUAGUGUCAUCUAAACUGUAGUGUUUAUUGUUUUAUGGUAAUUACUAUUACAAUUAGCCAACAUUACAAUUACUUGUAAAUACAAGGAACUGAUUAAUCUGUGAUAUAGAGGAUUAUCAACCAUAUUCUAGAUUGUUCACACUAGGCCCACACUCCAUAUAGGUCCAUUAUACAAGCAGUGUGAGUAAGCCUACUCUUCAAUUUGACCAGGGCUGCCUAUUUUGAAGCUGAGAUCUGUUUGGUUACUUUCACUUGGCUGUCUGAUCACAACAAUCCAUUAAUACUAUGAAACUUCACCUGAUUCCCCUCUCUGAGGACAAUAAUGUUAGUAUCAAAAUAUAUCAAGAUUUACAAACUAUCAGCAACACUGCUUUUUAAAAAGUUAGGAUAUCAUUUUAAUGUGAGCUUACUGCAGUUCUAUACCCUUGGGUAUAGUGUCAUGAGUGCAGGAUCUACUUAUCCUGAGGAGGAUAUAUUAAAAUCGUUGUUGGCAGCUGUAGUCAUCUGGAUAUAAUACUUCUGUUCACAAUUCGUGAUUCAAAAAUAUAGAAGAAAUAGAACUUGUAGUAAACAGACCUAGCUGAAAAUAAUCCGGGUGAGUGACUAUAUAGUGGUAACCAAAAUUUGUGAGAAUUCAUUCUCUAAAAUUUAAGAUACACUACCAAAAGUGACUCCAUGAAUGGUUGGCCAAUGUUUGUACUUACUAGUGAUUUCAUGAAAUAUGUUAGUUUUAUAUAUAUAUAUAUAUUUUAGCCCUGACACCUAUGUUAGGCAGUCACCCUUGCAUUACUAUCACAGCAGUCUCCUGGUAACACUUUGUUGUAGAAAAGAAAUCAUGGCUUAGUAGGGACAGGGUGUGGGAUUAGUGUGUACAUCCUAGAAUAUGGCUAUAUAUAUUUAGGUUAUAUUUUAGGAAAUUGAUUUUAUUGAGUAAAUUUAUAUAUUUUAAUGCCCUUCUAUUGUAUUUUCUCCUUUUCCUUUAGCAUUGGUUGCAACAACUAACAAUACUGUUGACAUUUAGUUGUACAGUCUGAUUAUUACCAUUGUUUGUACAUUUUGUAUAAAUGCCAUAUAAUGAUAAAAUUUUCAUUAAUAGUUGGAUUUUCUGCCAUUUUAUGAAUAUGGUAGAGGUUGGAUGUUUUGCUAUACUUAGUUGUAUUAGCAAUGAGUGAUAGAAGGUCCUACAAUUGAAAGGUUCAAUAAUAACAAUAAGGGAGAACAAAAUACUUGAAAGUUUUUACCAGUGAAACAUCUGCUGUAGCAAUUGUUAAGUAAAUGAAUCCACUGGUUGCAGUUUUAUGUACUGUCCACUGUAUUUUUUUUAAUGAAUUUUGUAGCACAAAGAUAGCUCCACAAAUGCUCAUCCACCAAGGAGGCAAUUGAUUGGCCCUGGAGACUACUCCUGAGUUCCUCAUUCCUUGACUUUGCAUUUUUUCUAUUUUAUUAAUAUUGAUACUGUUAUUAUCAUUAUUGACAUGGUGAUAAUUAUAAUGUUAUUAAGAUGCUAAUAACAUAAAAAUAAAAGAGAAUCUUUUUGAAAAUCAAGGAAAAGGGUGAACAGGUGAGAUAGGUAGCACUGAUAAUUUACUCCUUGGUGAUUAAAUAGUUGUAGAGCCAUCUGUUAAGAGUUAAUAAACUAAAAUACAGUGGACCUGACUUGCAUAUGCCAUUUGUUACUAUUAGGUUAAGAAGUGGCUGUUGAGUUAAAGUGUUUGAUGCAUGAAGUAUUUCUUGUUCUUGCUAGUCUAAUGCUGAUCACAUAUUACAAUAUUUUAAAAAAACCUUGCCAGGCCUAAAGGAGUUAAUACAGGUGAUAUCUAUUGAUGUUUUUAGCCUACAUUGCUAAUGUAUACAUUUAGGUUCAGAAGAAAUUACUCUGGACAACCCUUUUGCUACUAGUAGACAGGACAUAUUUUGUUUCUUUAAGGAUAUUUUGAAUACGUGUCUGUGAUAUCCAAUGAUUAUGAUGUAAUUUGAGGUAGCCUACAUAUGGAAAUAUUCUCACACACAUGCUAAGCUAUGCACCCACACGCGCAUGCACAUGCACACGCACACCGACACCCACAUGCACAUCCACACUCACACACCCACAUACACACACCCACACAUACACAC